CAGUAGUCUGACCCUAAUCAGAUUGACCUGGGCAGAGGUGCCUCAGCAUGUCCUGCUAAAUCCAGUCUUCUCCUUCAUCGUUUGGAAUCAUACAGAGGUAGAUCUCUCUGCGACAGGCAGUUCUCAUCCAGGAGCCUUAUUUGGGUGACCUUUCCUAAUUAUGCCUCCAUUUGGAAGAUGAGGUCUGGGGUUUUAAUGAUGGCUCAGCGGCACCUGCUCAGUCUUUUGCUCCUAGAGUGGGCACUGAUUGGAUCCUACUCAGAUUCACUGGAAUUCGAAGAGCAGUCAACGAUGCACUCAACCACUCUUUGUAAUGGUCCUUGGACUACUGGAUGGCCUGGGAGAGAUGGACGAGAUGGGAGAGAUGGAGCCAAGGGAGAAAAGGGAGACCCAGGUGAAGGGCUCAGAGGCCUCCAAGGAGAUCCAGGGAGAUUGGGGCCUCCCGGAAACCCAGGGCCACAAGGACCUCCAGGAAUCAAGGGCAUGAAAGGAGAACCAGGUGAAAGCCAUUCUUCUGUAACUGAUGAGCAACUGAUCUCAGAUUUACAAACUCGCCUCCUGAAGCUGACAGCUGCUCUCGAGUUAUACGGAAUUGUGAUUCAAGUGGGAGAAAAGUUUUUUGCCACCAGUGGCCUAGCUUCUGAUUUCCUCACAAUUAAUAUGACUUGCCACGAGAUAGGAGGCACUAUUGCUACUCCAAGGAAUGAAGAGGAGAAUGCUGCCAUGCUGAAGCUUGUGGAAAAGCACAACACAUAUGCCUUUCUUGGCCUAAAAGAGGGAAAAACACCAGGGGAGUUCUAUUACCUGGAUGGAUCCCCCGUGAACUACACCAACUGGUAUGCAGGCAUGCCAGAUGGGCAAGGAAGUGAAAAUUGCGUGGAAAUGUACACAGAUGGUACAUGGAAUGAUAAAUACUGCUCUAAGAGCCGCCUCACUAUCUGUGAGUUCUGAGCCCCUAUCAGAGCUGGCCCACUGGACAAAAGAAUGAAUGACUCACUGGUGAACCUGGGUGAAUCAUUUAUCUCAAGUCUUGGUGGCCUAAAGGGGUUUAAAUCUUCUACCUCUCAGGUGGGAGUCUAUGAGCAAGAGGUUUUAAUAAACCCUAUUUGUAGCCCAUAAAAGAAAAUGAAAAUCAAUUCUGUUUCCCCUGCCAGUAAUGCCCAUCUCUCUGUACCUCUUUCCUCUCCCUAAUCAAAUCCUAACCCAUCCUCCAAGGCCUAGCUAAAGUUCUGCCUUUUUCUCAUGUGCCCACACAUGACUCUGUCAUGCUACAGUAAUCUCCACUUUGGAGUCUAUAUAAGUUUGUACCACCCAAAUUAAUAUUUACCACCUACUGCCUAGUAAAGUUACUUAAUGUUUCCAGUGGGUAUACCCACCUCCCCAACCUGAGUUUAAGCUUCUGAAGGGAUAAGAAUUUGUCUUCUCCUCCCUUAGAUUCCAUGGUACCUAGCAGAGGGCUGGGCAAACAGAAGACUCUCAGUAAAGGCUUAUUAAAUAAUUGAACCAAGACAAAUUAAUUUUUACUGGUCUGCUUCACUCUAGGAAGUGAGUCCUGGGGCAAUAGACCAUUAUUCCUGAACACUUUCACAAGAUACCUGUGAGGGAAGGCUGAAGGUCACCAACUUGAGUACAAUGCCCCAUGUUUCACUCAAUCAGCAAUUUCCAAGCACAUAGGUGUCAAGUAUCUGCCACCCCCUCUGUAGCGCAGAUCCAUUCUCAAUGCCUGCUCCUUCUACUUUUUUUUUCUGUAAACAAAAUCUCUACUCAGGAUGUGAGUUCCCUUUCCACACAGAUUAACCUGCCAGAGAAGAUGCAGACGUGUCUCAUCUCUCUGACACUAUGCCUCUGACACUUAAUGCCUGUAAUUAGCAUAGAUUCCUUCCUUAAGUUAAUGGGAAAUUUACAGGGGAAAACAUGAAUGGGUGAAUGGAAGGGUUGUUAAAACAAUAAAUCAAAGAAGUUACAAACUUACAAAUGUCCGAACAGCUGAGCUGGAACUUGCAUAGAGCACAGUGCCAGGGCAAGAUAUUUCUAGAGUGUGGUUUCCCAGGCUCACUUCCCUACCACUAGCCCCUGCCAUCUCCAGUCCUGCCCCAAAGGUCUUCUUUUCCAGUUGUAUGAUUCCUUCCCCUUGGGUCAAGAAAUUUAGAGAGUUUACCAAUUUUUCAGCUUUCUCCUUUCCUUGCUUCUAUGAAUUGCCUCCCCACACCACCCUGUUUCCCAUUCAACCUCGUCCUAGGGUUUGCUUCCUCUCUGCUGCUCCACCACCCCAUCCCUCCUGUCUCCUUCUCCUUUACCCCUACUAGUUGCCAGCCCUUCAGGACCACUGAAACCUGAACCACCCCUCCCACUGCCUGCUGUUUGCCCCAGGUGCAAAGAUUGCCAAUUCCAACACUGCAAAGAGCAAAUACUUACAGUUGAAUUUAUUUGUCUAUAUCACUGAAAGAGAUAAACAGAAUGCAACUUUAUUCAGAGCAAAAUUUGAGAGAUUCUAUGGAACUUAAAAUAAAAUUUUUAAGAAAUAAAAACUUGCUUCAUCAAAAUUACCCAUCCAAACUUGGGCCCCAGCUACUCCUGUAAUUUAGUUCUUCAUAAGAUUUUUUUAAAGACAUAAAUCUACCAAGUUACUUCUCUGCUUUUAAAGUUAUUACUUAAUAGUAAAUAGGAGGGGAAAGGAUGACAAUUGUGAGCUUGCUACUUUACUGCUUUAUAUACAUUUUAAGAAAAAUAAGUAUCUAUAACUUGAUGCUUAGCAUCAGCCUUGAACCUUCAAAUUUUGUCAGGAGUAUAAAACACCCAGAAAUCACUCAACCAUCUUUCUCCCUCUCCCUCCUCACAAGUCCAAGUCAGAUAGAAGAACUACUCUGCCUCCUUAAACUGGACAAUAUAGACAAUGGCUUGGGAAAUGGUGGAUCUUUUUGAGGUUGAAAUGAGAACAUGGCUUGGGUGACCUAUACUGAGAUUGUUUACAGAUUAAUUUUGGUGGCACUCUCUGGUGAGUGUUCACCAUGAAAUCUACCAUAGACAAAUCCGUCAGCAUCUUGUCAGGCCAAGGGAUCUUUGAAAGGGCCUUACAUAGAAGAACUGUGGUUUUGAGCCUUGCGUAACUGCUCACACUGACAUGACUGACCUGAAUUUCACAGACAUGCUGUAUACACACAGGCCCAUGGGCCUGGCUUAGAAUCAAUGAACACGUUGCUUAGAAGAACCAAAUAGAGAAACCAGAGGGUAGCAUAAACCUUUCUUUGUAAUGUUAUGCAAGCUAGUUUCUUUAAAUUCAGUUCAACUUAAUAAACAUUUCUAUGUUUCAUAUUUU